AUGUCAGUAGAAUUGUCUAAGCCGGACGAAGAGGGCCUCUCCGUGUAUCUCUCAGAAGGCAAUCUUACGGGCCGCGACCUGAUUCCACAGGACGUUGCUAGUCAUUGCGGCUGCUCGGUCAAAGAUAUCGAAGAUGUUUACCCGUGUACUCCUUUACAGGAAGGCAUGUUCGCCCUCACACUUAGAGACUCCGUGGCCUAUAAUGUUAGCUACAAGUACCGGCUGCCGAUUGGAAUUGAUAUGGUUCGAUUGCGAACAGCCUGGGAGCGAACCGCUCAAGCAAAUCCGAUCCUGAGGACACGUAUUGUGCCCACCGGUGAACUGGGAUGCAUGCAGGUUGUUCUCCGGAGCAACACUCAGUGGACGGAGAAGGAGAACUCGGAAACGAGAGACGAGAGAUUGUUUGCUGACGGAGACAGCCAGACGAAACCGGAGCCACCCGAGACGCGAGUGCAAUCAAUUUGGCCGGCCGGUUCACCAAUGGUGAAACUCAUCUGGGACCCUGUGGCCCACGACCUCACUGUUGUCAUUCAUCACGCGCUCUGUGAUGACUGGUCCAUGGCCGUCGUCAUGAGGCAGGUGGCCGCGGCGUAUGAGGGCAAAGCACUGGCAAUGCGGCCCUUCCGCCCGCUGAUCGAGUUCAUCCAGCAAUCCCAGCCUGGUGCUUCUGCAUUUUGGAGCACCAAAUUCCACAAUCUAAGCCACGCCGAUGUCAGCGUGUUCCCACGCCAUGCGAAGGCGGCAUAUGUGCCGCAGCCAACGGCUACCCUGCGUCAGAAAUACCCCCAGCCUGCUAGCAGCGGGCCUGGAUUUGCGCUCAACGCCAAAGUUCGGCUCGCCUGGGCCGUACUGCAGAGCUUGUAUACAUUUUCAUCCGAGGUUCUCUUCGGUGCCAUUGACACAGGGCGCGCGAUCCAACUGCCAGGAGUCGAGGAGCUGAGCGGGCCGGCGCUGGUCUGCGUGCCGGUUCAUGUCCGACUCACUUCGCAUCAGACAGUCACUGAGGCGCUGGACAUGGUGCAGCGCGAGUGGGUGGAGUCGAUGGAGUUCGAGCAGGCGGGCCUGCAGAAUAUAAUGCGCCUGGGCCCCGGUCCCGCCGCUGCUUGUCGUUUCCAAACCUUGCUCACCGUGGAGCCGUGCGACGCCCAUGGUCUGCCGGAACUUUUUCAGCAGCAGCAGUCAAUCCAGCCGGUGUAUGAUACGUAUCCGUUGAUUGUCCGGUGGCGGUCAAGCCCUCAGUCGCAGUCCAUGACUAUAGAGGCGAUAUUUGACCCGCAUGUGCUGGACAUCAGGCAGACGGAGCGGAUUGUCCAACAGCUGGCACAUAUCUACCAACAGAUUGAAGGGAGACCGCAUGAUGUUUUGAAGAAACUGGAUGUCUGUAGUCCCGCUGAUAUCCACGAUCUUGCUAGCUGGAACCUCCCAGUCCCUCCAAUGGUGCAAUAUGGUGUGCAGCGGUUGAUUGAGCAGCAGGUCCAGAGGAGCCCUCAGGCUGUCGCCGUCCACAGCUGGGACUGCAGUUUGAUGUACCAUGAGCUGGACACGAGCGCCUCUGCCCUGGCCGCCGCAUUUACUCACCGGGGUGUCAAGUGCGGGACUGUCGUCCCCCUUUGCCUACAACGCUCCAAGUGGCCCGCUAUCGCCAUGAUUGCGGUGAUGAAGGCCGGCGCUGCGUUUCUUCUGCUCGACGAGUCGUACCCUGUGGCGCGGCUGCGGCAGAUGUGCGAGCAUGUCAAGGCCACUAUGGUAGUCUGCACCAAGUCAACCACCGAUCUCGCCUCACAACUUGGACCAAGCCUCAUGGCCGUUGACGAGCUGGACUGCGAAGAUCUGCCUAGGCCGAGGAACGGUUGCACUUGCGCUGCUGCUUUCCCACAGGGCCAAGGUGCCUCUGCCGAAGAUUUGAUGUAUAUCACCUUCACCUCGGGAUCGACCGGCGCCCCGAAGGGUGUCCUAGUAAGCCACGGAGGGUUCGCCACGAGUGCGCUAUUCCAUGCACCCCAGUACAACUUCACGUCGAGCUCCCGAGUUCUGCAGUUCGCCUCCCCGGGGUUUGAUUCGUUCGUCAUUGAGUACCUCAGUACACUCAUGGCUGGGGGAUGCGUUUGUGUGCCUCACCCGGACGACUGUCGUAGCCGACUAGGAGCCGUGAUCAAAGAAUUCUCCGUCAACAAUACCUGUCUCACGCCAACAGUGGCACGGGUUCUGUCAGCGGACAGCCCGACUACUCUGCGAGAUCUUACAUUAGUCGGGGAAGCAGCCACCGCCAGCGAUGUCGCGCGUUGGCCCCCGGAAGUGCACAUUCGGAACGCGUAUGGGCCUGCCGAGUGUUCCGCCGUGUUCAGUGUCCAGCCCCAUCUGGUGCCCGAGGAUCAGUCCAAUAUCGGCUUUCCGACGGGAGGUGUCGGCUGGGUUAUCGAUCCAUACGAUCCGCAUCGGCUGAUGCCCGUGGGCAGCAUCGGAGAGCUGCUGAUCGAAGGGCCGAUUGUGGGUCCAGGAUAUGCCUCGGACGCGGAUGCUUCCCAGCGGGCGUUCAUCAAGCCGCCUGUCUGGCGACAGAGUUACUUUGGUCCCUGUCAUGGCCGGAUGUACCGCACUGGGGACCUGGUGCAGAGUGCAGGUGACGGCAGUUUCCGCUACGUGGGGCGCAAGGACACGCAGGUUAAGUUGCAUGGGCAACGUAUUGAGCUGGCCGAGAUUGAGCACCAUCUCAGAACGAAUGCAUUGCCCCAAGCGUCCCAAGUGGUGGCCGAUAUCGUCCAGCUGCAGGGAAAGCCAGGCAAGGCCCCCGUGAGCUUGCUGAUGGCGUUCGUGUGCUGGUCCGAUGUUGUGCAAGUUCCCAACGAGGCCAAAAGGCCCGGUACUCCAUUUCUGAUCGCCAGUGAGGAGCACCGGGAUGCGUGUGCCGCAGGCGAGGCGCAGCUCUCGGCGAUUUUGCCUUCGUUCAUGAUCCCUCGGACCUACUUGCCUCUGGAGCACUUGCCACAGACGCUCUCUGGAAAACUGGACCGUCGAAGUCUGCGAGAUCAUGCGUCGCAGCUCACCUGGGAAGACCUCCAAUCUUACCGCAGCUCUGUGACGCCGUCCAAGAAACCGCAAACCGCAACAGAGUCCCGGCUGCAGAAGAUAUGGGCGCAGGUGUUGAACGUCCCCGAAGACCGUUUAAGCGUGGCCGAGAACUUCUUCCAUCUCGGUGGGGACUCCGUCAGCGCUAUGCAAGUGGCUGCUGGCUGCCAACGGGAGGGACUCGCCGUGGGAGUCGCGCAGAUCUUCCAAUUCCCCACCCUGGAGCAGCUGGCGCAGCACGCCAUGCCGAUAGACAGAGAGAGUAAUCUCCGCAGGAGUAGCAGCCCCAGAGCCCUUCACGACGAGGUCAACCAGAUGGCCUCGGUUGGGCUGUCAUCGCCCAUCCAGCAGCUAUUCUUCGAACUUUGUCCUCAGGGCCACAAUCGGUUCACGCAGCAGUUCCUGCUGCAGGUGUCAAAGCCCCAACGACCUUCCCGCGUGCGCGCAGCAAUGGAAGCACUGGUAACGCGUCAUAAUAUCUUGGGUGCUCGGUUUGAGCGGCUCGCCAAGGUGGGUUGGUCGCAAGUCGUUCAGGAUGACGUUAGCCCUCAAUUUAGCUUCCGCGAGCACAUUCUCAAUGAGAUUGGAAAUGGAUACCUGCGGCAGAUCCUCAGUGACAGUCAAAGUGGUUUGGAUAUUACCGCGGGACGGCUGGUGGCCGUGGAUGUUAUAAACACGCCCGCUCACCGCCAGUACCUGUCGCUUAUGGUGCACCACCUGGUGAUAGACCUGGUCUCUUGGCGGAUCUUACUCCAGGAGCUCGAGGAAUUUCUGACCAUAGGAAUGCUCUCGGGACCGAAGCCGAUGCCGUUUCAGCGAUGGUGCUAUCUACAGGAGUGCUUCGUCCGCCGCUCCCUAGACCCUGAGAAGGCUCUGCCGGUGGAAAUACCUCCUCAGCCCCUGGAGUACUGGGGAGAUGCUGUAUGCGCAGUCAAUCAGAAUAUAUGGUCGGAUACUCGUCAAGAAUCGUUCACCGUAUCAGAGGCGACAACGCGCGCCAUCCUGGGGUCUGCGAACGAGGCCCUCCGCACACGGCCCGUGGAGCUCCUCCAUGCGGCCUUGGUCUAUUCCUUUGCGCAGGUGUUCGAUGAUCGCGAGGCCCCCACCGUGUUUACCGAGGGCCACGGCCGGGAGCCCUGGGAUCCUGCAAUGGAUCUGUCGCGUACUGUGGGUUGGUUCACCACGAUGGCGCCCUUGUUCAUUCGCACCAAUCGCCAACAUGAUCUCGGUACCGUCUUGCAGCAGGUCAAAGAGAGUCGUCGUGCCUUACCGUUCAACGGUUGGGCGUAUUUCGCCUCCCGAUUCCUGCAUCCAAUGGGCCGAGAGCGCUGGGUGGACCAUAUCCCCAUGGAGAUCCUUUUCAACUACACGGGUCUGUUCCAGCAGUUAGAGAACCCGAAAGCGCUGCUGCAACUCGCCGCUGUCCCGGACCACGAUAUCCUGCCCAUGGCAGCGGACCUGCCGCGGUUUGCGUUGGUCGAUGUGUCUAUAACCGUUGUGGACGGCAGUCUGAGUGCGUCCGUGAUCUACAAUCAACGGAUGCGGCACCAAGACAAGCUACAUCAAUGGGUCUGGAGGUACCAACACACGCUGGAGGAGCUCCCCACAGCGAUCAAGGAGUAUCGACCGUUUACGCUCUCGGACUUUCCGCUGUUAUCAAUGGAUAGCAGUGAACGUUUGGCUGGCUUGAUUCAAGACAUUCAUAGUCGACUCCACAUUCGGACGCAAGAUAUUGAAGACAUCUACCCGUGCUCGCCAAUUCAGCUGGGCAUAUGGCUAAGCCAGUCCAAGGAUCCCCGGGCUUACUGGUCGCGCCUCUGCUGGUCGAUCAGGCCCACCAACCCUGCAGAAACCACGCUGAGUACGUCCCGUGUAAAGCAAGCAUGGCAGCAGGUAGUAGAUCGCCACCCUAUACUGCGAACUGUGCUCCAUGUGAGUCCUUAUAGUGACGGAGGGCCCCUGCAGGUAGUCCUGCGACAGGCCGUAGCAGAGAUAUACGAACAGGUCUUGAAGGUACCCUCGUCAACCAUAGAAAGCUGUCAAUUCGACGACAGCACCAAGCAUUACUCGCGCUUGGGUCACUGUUUUCGGAUAAGCGUUAAUGCCAGUGGUGAGAUUCUCUGUGAGCUGGUGAUCAACCAUCUGCUGAUCGACGGAUUCACACGGGAUAUGCUUGUCUCUGAUCUACAACUGGCGUACGACGGCCAGCUUCCUUCAUUCACCGCUGCCCCCUUCAGCAGGUAUCUGACCAGACUACGUGGCCAGUCGGAAGCAGCCUCACGUGCAUACUGGACGCACUAUCUCCAUGGAGUGCAGCCGUGCCUCUUUCCCCGUCUGGAUGGUAAGCUCGAAAAUGAGAGGGAUGUCCUACAUUCGGUUCCCAUAGACUUCGACACCCUGCAGACGCAGUCAAUCCUGAGAUUCUGUGAGCAGCACGCCACGACAAUUGCCAGCAUGUUACAGAUUGCCUGGGGCCUUGUCAUGCGCGCAUACACGGGGUCAGACACGGUCUGCUUUGGCUACAUGGUGUCGGCCCGCGAUAUUCCUGUACCUGGUAUGCAGGAAAUUGCGGGGCCGCUCAUCAAUCUCUUGGUUUGCAGACUGGGUUUCGAUGACAAAGACGAUAUCCAUGAGACAAUCUCGAACUGCCAAGCAGCCUACGCGAGGAACCUCGAUCAUCGAUUCUGCUCACUGACGGAGAUCAUCCACGGGCUGGGACAUACGGUUCCCCGCCUGUUCAACACGGCCAUGUCACUUCAAAGAGAGACGGUUAUGCCUCCCCGGCGAGCGCCGAGUGUGAUAAUCCAGCAGCAGGGGGGGCAGGACACGACAGAGUAUGACUUGACUGUCAACGUGAUCGUGCGGAAAGAUACCCUUCAAGGGGAACUCACAUAUCGCUCCUCCGUGGCGAGUCACAACCAGGCCGUGCUCGUUGCCGACUCCUUAGCCUGUAUUUUCGAGCGGUUCUCCUCUGGUCUUGCGGACAGAAUAGGACUUCUCGACCUACUCGGCCCCGUCAACGAGAAAGCUUUACUGCAUUGGAAUAGUCAAGUGCCGGCCACCGUCCCAGGAUGUAUCUAUACCAACAUUCAACGGCAUACUUUGGCACAACCCAGUUCCCCGGCCGUGUGUGCUUGGGACGGAAAUGUCACCUACAUCGAAUUGGACCGUCUCGCGUCAGUGCUUGCCCUACGGCUUUCUAAGUCUGGGGUGGGCCCGGACGUCUUUGUCCCGGUGUGUUGUGAGAAAUCGCGUUGGGCUGUUGUGGCAAUCAUGGGGGUAUUGAAAGCGGGUGCUGCUUUCAUCCUGCUGGAUGCUUCCCAACCCAUCGACCGACUACAGGCAGCCAUCAAGGAAGAUUUUCCCGACUCAAUAAUAUUGGCGACGACGAAUGUCUCCGCGGUAGCUGCGAAGAUCAGCGAGAAGAUCCUUCUAGUGGACACGUUGGAAAAGGAAGAAUGUGGUGCUCUCGACGCGCAGCUUUUCCCUAUGGUAGGCUCACCGUCAACCGCAGCCUACGCAGUAUAUACAUCUGGCAGCACGGGAAAGCCAAAGGCGACCAUUAUCGGGCAUGGAUGCUAUGUGACAGCCGCGGCGGCCCAUGGUCAGGCCCUCGGAAUUGGCCCCGGAAUCCGUGUGUUGCAGUUCGCAUCAUUUGCCUUUGACGCCAGUAUCGUAGAGAUCCUGACUACUCUCCUCAUGGGGGGAUGUGUCUGUGUACCGUCGGAAACGGACCGGAGCCAGAAGCUCGCUGAUUUCAUCGCCAGCAAACGAGUCAACUGGGCUUUACUCACUCCAUCCGUAUCCCGCAUUCUGGAGCCGCGUGAGGUACCCACGCUCCGGACCUUGGUGCUAGGGGGUGAGGAGGUGCGCGCUGUUGAUGUGCAGAGAUGGUCGCCCCAUGUUACUCUGAUGAAUGCCUAUGGGCCGUCGGAGUGCUCUGUUAUCGCGACUAUUCAGACCUCUCCAGGCACCCUUCUGGAAGAUCCCUCCAACAUUGGUCUUGCAAGGGGCGCCUUGGCGUGGGUAGUCGUCGGCCAGGAUCCAGUCCGACUAGCCCCCGUCGGGGCUGUUGGAGAGCUGCUCGUUGAGGGUCCCAUUGUCGGCCGGGGGUACAUUAAUCGAAGUGAGCAAACCGCCGCUGCGUUCCACGUCCACCUGCCAUGGUUGGAGAGAAUGCACAGGAUUGGCACCUCUCCAUUCUACAGGACGGGGGAUCUGGUGAGAAUGCUGCCGGACGGAUCCUUGCGCUAUGAGGGGCGCAAAGAUCGCCAAGUCAAGCUUCACGGACAGCGCGUGGAGCUGUCGGAGGUGGAGCAGCAUGUUCGCGAUUGUUUUCCGGAUAGCCAGCAGGCGUUUGCAGAGCUCGUCCAAUGUAAAGAUACGGGAGAACAACGACUGGUGGCUUAUGUCCAACUGGAAACUAUGGACGAGGACCAAUUUGACCGGGUCGUUUCUCGGGCCCAGGACAUCCUGCCAAGACGGACCCCUUCAUUCCUCGUCCCAUCUACCUUUGUCCGUCUUCACGAGGUCCCGCGAUUGCCGAGUGGUAAAGUCGAUCGACUCCAGCUACGUCGAGCCGGUCUGGUCGCCAUUCAGGAAACACGGAUCGCAGGGUGCCAUGGCUCAAGGCGAUUAAGGCGGGAUAAACCUAAAGCGUUGACGUCGAGCGAGCAGAGAUUACGGGACUUGUGGGCUGAUCUAUUGCAUCUGCCAACGAGCAAGAUCGAUCCCGGCGACCAUUUCUUCUCGCUUGGGGGAGAUUCCAUCAUGGCCAUGAGGUUGGUAUCCAGCGCCCCAAGUCAUGGAAUGGAUCUCACGGUGGCCGAUGUCUUUCUACAUCCACGUCUGCGCAACCUAGCCCGUGUGUUGGAGGGCCGUGGGAUCCAGUCGCCCGCACGCGUGCACGGCGCAGCAGAUGCAGAAGAAGAACCUUCUCCCUUCUCUCUCCUGCCUUCUGAGCGAGAGGCGGACAUCAAAAUGCAAGCUGUGGCCCAGUGCGGAGUUGGUCUGGCUCAAAUCGAGGACAUCUAUCCGUGUACCCCGAUGCAGGCCGGCCUAGCAGCCAUGUCCGCAGAACGACCCGGUGCUUACGUCGGACACCAUGUGUAUAACAUCCCCGUGAACUCCGACACGACUCGCCUCCGACAGGCAUGGGACUCAGUGGCUGACAAGCACCCGAUUCUACGGACUCGUCUCAUUCGGGCAACGAAUAUGGGAUGUCUACAGGUUGUCAUCCGAAACGGCCCCCCUCAAUGGAAUGAGGUCUGUUCCAAGUCGACAGGGGUGAGCCUUGCGCAGUUUGAUAGACUCCCCGAUCCCUCGCACGACGGAAUGUUCGGUGUGCCUCUUGUUCAUGUCAACAUCCGUAAACAUUUAACCAAUGACGGCGUAUGCUCUAAUUGCACCAUGGUCCUCACCAUGCACCACUCUGUGUAUGAUGCUUGGUCCCUACCAAGGCUGCUUUCGGCUGUGGAAAAGGCAUACGGUCAAGAUGGCCAGAGGAUAUUGCCCAAGCCUGCCCCUUUCCAGCGAUUUAUUCAAUAUACGGCCUCGCAGACUGAGGCAGCUUUAAAUUUCUGGCGGACAGAGUUCGACGAUCUCUCCGCUGAACCCUUCCCCGGCCUUCCAUCGCCAUCAUAUCACCCGUCAGCAAUGAGCCAGCUAGAUCAGACUUUUCUCACGGGAUCUUUUACUACAGAAUUGGCCACACGAACCACAGCGGUGCGCCUAGCGUGGGCUGUGGUGCAAUCCCAGUACCAAGGCCAAUCCGACGUUGUUUUUGGCAUUGUGUCAUCUGGCCGCACGGCCCCAGUUCACGGGGUGCAAACCAUGACCAGUCCCACUAUCAGUGCGAUUCCCUUGCGUGUUCGGUCCAACCCACACAUGGAGUUCAAAGGAGCCCUGGCCGCGCUCCAGGAAUGGACGGCCCGAGUGGUGCCGUUUGAACAAGCUGGUCUUCAAAAGAUUGCCAGGCUGGGACCAAAUGCGACGCGAGCAUGCUCCUUCCAGACCUUACUCAACAUUGAACAAGAGGAAUCCCCUUCUGGUCAAACAAACGGAUUGUUCUCUUCCGUGGAGUCAACCGCCGCAAAAGGAGCGUUUGCAACAUAUGCUCUGGUGCUCCACUGUAGUCUAGAGCCGCAAGGAGUACGAGUAUCCGCGAUAUUUGACGACAAUGUCAUUCCCGAGUGGAAGAUGCAGAGGAUCCUUGAUCAAUUCGGCCAUGUCCUGCAGAUGCUUCACCAAGGACAGCUGGGUUUCGUCGGAGAUGCGGCAGGCUCUCUCAAUGCGAGGGAUCGGGAACAGCUCAUCGAGUGGAAUUCAACCGUGCCGCAUCUCAUUGCUGAGACUGUCCCCUCUGCGAUCCGGCGGCAGACCGAUGCGCAGCCCGAUGCACAAGCUGUUUGCGCAUUCGAUGGUGAUUUUACGUAUCGGGAGCUCGAUGCUUGGUCCGACAUGCUGAAGCGCUUGUUGCACUCCUGUCAUAUCCAGCCAGGGAGCUUAAUCCCCAUCUAUAUAGAUCGGUCCCGGUGGGCGAUCAUUGCGAUGCUGGGAAUCGUCAAGGCCAGGGCUGCUUUCGUCCUCCUGGACACAACCCACCCACAGUCCCGUCUACGGACCAUAUGUGACGAAAUCAAAGCACCGCUACUAGUGACUAGCCAGCAGAGACUAGCUACAGCUAGAUCUCUCCCAGCUGGGGCCGGGCCUGUUUGCGUUGGGGAAUGUCUCAACAGUCCGCCUCAAGAUUCGUAUACGGCCGAUGUGGAAUCUACCCUCUGUCACACGGAUGUCCUCUACGCGAUGUUCACGUCGGGCUCUACUGGCAAACCAAAAGGCGUUGUCAUCGACCAUGGGGCGCUGGUGACCAUGGCGUGCGAAUACCGUCAGCGUGUCGGACUGGGCCCUGAGGCGCGAGUUCUACACUUUGGAUCGUAUGCGUUCGACGUCAGUAUCCUGGAAACCCUGUGUACGCUGAUCGCGGGUGCCUGCGUGUGCAUUCCCUCCGAGUCUUCUCGCCAGGAGGGAUUUGCCGAAGCGUUGCGCAAAUUGGGCCCAUCCCAUGCCUUGCUCACUCCCUCCUUCCUUCGUGGUCUGCCGGUGCAUGACCUCGCGCCAAUACAAACGUUGAUGCUAGUCGGUGAACCUCCCCGGAGGGAUGAGGUUGACCGAUGGUCCUCGAAACUCCGUCUGAUGAAUCUCUAUGGACCGGCGGAAUGCACCAUUCUAGCCGCUCUGCAGCCGCAGGCUCGCCCAGGCCUUGAUCCAACGAAUAUCGGCCACCCUGUGGCCGGCACCGCGUGGAUCACCAACCCGCAGGACCCUCGUCACCUCGCUCCCAUUGGAGCCGUUGGCGAGCUGCUCCUCCAAGGUCCUCUGGUCGGCCGAGGAUACCUCAACGACCCGGAGUUGACUGCCACUGCCUUUCUUCAGGCACCACCGUKGCUCGCCCAAUGUGGCAUAGGCAAUGGCGGCCAUAAUGGGCGUGUCUACCGCACAGGCGACCUCGUUCGCCUUGAGCAAGAUGGCACACUUGUCUACCUGGGACGGAAGGACUUCCAGGUUAAACUACGCGGUCAGCGGCUCGAACUCAGUGAGGUGGAAGACCAUGUCCUGAGGGUAUUCCCUGGUUCUCUCAAGGACGUGGCGGCAGAGGUGGUGACGCCUGCAGAUGAUCGACCCAACCCUUGUUUGGUCGCCUUUCUUGUGUCUGCACGGGAACUUUUACCAUCACCGUCGUCUUCACCAUCCACAUUCUUCCCUCUCCAAAUAGCUACGCCGGAAGACUUCGAUCAGAAGAUACACACUACCCACUCCCGCAUGCGUACAUGUCUUCCGGAUUACAUGGUUCCAGUUGUCUUCGUUCCGUUGAGCGAGUUGCCCCGGACUGUCGGCGGCAAAAUCGAUCGCCGCCGGCUACGAGAAGCAGCCGCUUCGGUUACACGCCAGCAGCUUGAAGCUGUUGGCUCUUCCUUUGCAGAGGUGGAAAAGGCCCCGAUGGCUUCCGAUGCGGAACGAUCACUUCAGGGCAUCUGGGCAGAAGCAUUGGGGAUUGCUCGCUCGGCGAUUGGGGCAGAGGAUAGCUUCUUCCGGCUAGGAGGCGACUCUAUCACGGCGCUCCAGGCCACCAGCCAAGCCCGAGCCGUCGCAAUUGAGCAUUCCGUCCCCGACCUAUUCCGAUGGAAGACAAUCCGGGAAAUUGUGAAGCGAUUUGCAAAGGCCUCCGGAGAGACGGGUAUCGGUCAUGAAUCAAGCCAUCCGCUGACUAACCGUGGAGACGACAAACUGGGUGGCGUGGCCGUCUAUCCAUGCACGCCAGUGCAACAGGGGGUGCUUCUUACCCAGAUCAGCGACCCCACCAGUUAUGCGCCGCAUUUCAUAUGGAAGAUCCAUCGCCCGUCACCCUCUAACGGGGCGGCGGCGGUUGACCCGAAUCGUUUGGCGGAAGCAUGGCAGGAAGUUGUGAACCGCCACAGCGCCCUCAGAGCGGUGUUCCGGCGUAAUACCACCACGGGUGACGGUGCCUUCGAGUUACAUAUCCUCCCGCAGAUUGAGUGUCCUGUCCAGAUACUCCCUGUAUCCGAAAUGGACUCAGAAGGCCUGCCUGUUCGUCUCACCCAGCUCCACCCUCAGGUCGCCACCGAACAGGACGGCCAGAUGCCCCAUGUCUUUGCUAUCUGUCCUUGCAAAAAUGGGGAGAUCUUCUGCCGUCUGGACAUCAAUCAUGCUAUUAUAGACGCGAUCUCAGUGGGUCUACUCGAACUGGACCUUCUGCAAGUCUAUGAGCACGGACCGUGGGCUCCCAACGCGCACGAUGCGUACCAGGACUAUCUGCAAUACGUUCACCGGCAACCGCAGGAUCCUGCACGAGAGUAUUGGCGUACCUACCUCGCUGGGAUCCAGCCAGUCAACCUACCCCGAUCAAGAGCUGAUGGGCUGCCAGCAUCGACCCCACAAGGGCUGGAAGUCCCUCUCACUUGCAGCGGAACGGAUAUCGCUGCCGUCUGCCACCGCACCGAUUGGACCCCGUCGAAUCUGCUCUACUUUGCCUGGGGGCUAACCGUAGGCUUAUUCACCGGGUCUGAUGAUGUGGUCUUUGGCACUCUAACCUCCGGCCGCCACAUUCCAAUCCCCCAUAUCGAGCAGACCGUUGGCCAGAUCUCCAACAUGGCUGUUUGUCGGGUGCACCUGCCAUCGCACCGCUUGCUUGACGACGCUGCCAUUGCCCUGCAGGGGGAUUAUGGACGCGUAUUGAUGUUUCAGAGCUUUCCACUAUCGGGGAUCUCUCGCACAUGCGGAGUCACAGUGCAGGAAUUGGCGUCGACGGCCAUAAACGUGCAGUACGCCAUUCCUGCCUCCUCGUGCAAGGACAAGAAUUUCUCGAUAUCUUUGACUCCAGUGACUGGACUCGAUCCAACUUUGCAAGAUGUCACGAUUUAUGCACUGGUAGAUCCCCAAGGAACUAUGCGCGCAUCGAUGACCUAUCGCGAAUCCCGCAUCUCCGCGGAUCUUGCGACCCAGUUGGCCGACUACUUUGCCCAUUUCGUCGCUGCCGUACUUCAGUCUCCACAUGCAACAGUCAAGGAGCUGGUCGGUCUUACCGCCAGGGAUCAACAUCGCCUGCUUGAAUGGAACGGGCCUAUCUCUCCACCGCCAGCGGAAUGUAUACAUGAACUCAUCGCGCGACAAGCCGCGAAACAGCCAUCGAACUUGGCCGUCUCUAGCUGGGAUGGUAACUGGACCUAUGAGGAGCUGGAUCGCGCAGCCGUCUGGCUCGCGGCUUCUCUCGUCGCCCAUGGUGUGAAACCAUCGCAAUACGUGCCCAUAUGCAGCGAGAAGUCGCCAUGGGCCAUCGUGGCUGUGCUGGCUGUGAUGAAAGCAGGCGCGACGUUCGUUCCGCUGGACCCCUCGCAUCCCUUCCCCCGACUCAAGGCACUUUGCGAGCGUGUGCGUGCUACCCAUAUGGUCUCCUCAGUCACACAGGCUUCCCUGUGCCUGAAGCUGGCUGAGAAGAUCAUCAUUGCCGGAGAAACCAGGGGACAAACUCCGUCCGACCUGCUGUUCCAGUCUGUUGCCGUGGACCCUGAACAACCUGCUUACAUCCUCUUCACAUCGGGCACGACAGGGACACCAAAGGGCGUUAUGGUGCCUCAUUCCUCGUACACGGCCGCCGCUAGGGAGCAGAUCCGCGCCUUCUCCUUGGACCCCGGAUCGCGCGUACUCCAGUUCUCUUCGUACGCAUUCGACGUCGCUGUAUUGGAGAUCCUGACCACUUUACUUGCCGGCGGGACUGUGUGUGUCCCCUCUGAUGUCGAACGCGAUCAGAUGUUGCUUGAUGGCGCCUGUCCCUUCGCCGUCACGCAUGCGUUUCUUACCCCUUCCGUGGCAGCGACUCUUGAUGCCAGUCGACCAGGAUGGGUGAAAACAAUGGUACUCCUUGGAGAGCCCAUGUCCACCGCCCACAUCACGCAAUGGGGCGAAAAGUGCCAUUUGAUGAACGCAUAUGGCCCCACUGAAUGUUCCGUUCUCAAUACCGCGCGUGCUCAUAUUGUUCCGGGCUGCGACCCUGGCAAUAUGGGUCACGGCCUUGGAAUUCACUUCUGGGUAGCCGAUCAGCACGACCAUGGAAAACUUGUUCCUGUUGGUGCUGUGGGUGAGUUGAUUCUGGGCGGCCCUCCCGUGGCACAGGGCUACAUCAAUGACGCUCGAAGAACCGCGGAAGCAUUCAUCCAGCAUCCCCAGUGGCUGGACGCUCUGAUGCCGCGCCCAUACCCCUGGCGGCUAUACAAAACUGGCGACCUGGUGCGGUAUGAGGUCUCGGAUGGUUCCCUGCGUUAUGAAGGUCGAAAGGACCGGCAGAUCAAGAUCCGUGGCCAGCGUGUAGAGCUAGAGGAGAUCGAGUACCACACUCGCCGGUGUUUUCCUCACGCUAGCAACGCUGUCGUUGAGCACGUCAUGCUACCGUCAGGACAGGAUCCUGCAUCUUCCGGGAAUAGUCCUGCCUUGGUCUCCAGAGUCGUUGCCUGUAUCUGCCACGAAGCAGCCCGGGGCGGCUCCGUGGAAAAAGCAUCGCAGAUGAGCGAGCGUGGCAGUGCAGAGGAGCUCCUGACUCCUUCGACCCCAGAAUUUCAUACAGAUUCGGUCAUCGCACUCUCACGUCUCCGCGAUGCUAUACCGGACUAUAUGGUCCCCGACUUCUUCCUCCCGAUUCGGCGAGUACCGCGCCAGAAGUCGGGCAAAACGGACCGCCCGCUGCUGCGCGAGGCCAUAUUCGCGGGCCUGGCAGAGUUCCGCCGGCUUGACCGCACUAUGUCACUUGGAGAGAAGCAGUACCCUCGUACCGAGGUAGAGUCCAAGCUUCAUGCCAUCCUGACGCGUCAUUUGUCGCUUGCGCCGGAGACGGUAGGAAUUGACGAAAAUCUCUUCUAUCUAGGUGGGGAUUCCAUCGUCGCCAUGAAGAUCGCUGCCAGCGCCAGAGAGAGCGGAUUGAACAUUAGCCUAUAUGAUAUCCUUCGGCGCCCUACUGUGCUGGGCUGGGCUGACGCGGUGCUCACAAGCCGGUCGGCAGCCCCCGUUGUUGAGUCUCGUUCUGCAUUUUGCCUCAUAUCCGACGAUGAAUACAGGGAGGUCGUCCGGCUGCUCGCUGCGGCCGAGCCUCCCAUUAGUGAAGCCAACCUUGAGGACAUCCUACCCGCGCUGGAGAGCCAGGCCCACUACGUGGAGUCGUCAUCAAUCGUGAAUUUUGCAGAGGUGUUCCCCACAGACCUGGAUCCAGCUCGACUCCGUUGGGCGUGCCAGCAGGUGGUAUCGCGGUACAGUAUCCUGCGGACGGUCUUUUGGAAAGCUGGUGGUCGUCUACUGCAGGUCAUCCUCCGGCAUUUCGAGCCACAAUUCUCUCUGCUGCAAUGUGAUGACGCAGAAUCAUACCUGACGCAGCAGGCGACUCGUCGCACGACUCCGGCGACGCCACUCGGUUCACCCCUUACAAGUUUUGGCCUCGUCAAAAGUACCACUCGGAAGACUUCAGCACUUGUCGUUCACAUCUCACACGCGCAGUACGAUGGAGCCAGCCUUCCCUUCCUGUGGCAGGCAAUCAAGGCUGCCUAUCAGGGGAACCCGCUCUCCGAUCUGACUCCAUUCAGCCACCUCGUGCAUCACCGCAAAGGGCGUGAUCACGCCGACACUGCUUCUUUCUGGCGCACCUAUCUUCAGGGUGCAUCUGCCGCCGCCCUGGACCCCUUACAGAUCGCCCACUUCAUCACUCCACUUGAAAAUUCGAACCUCUCGCGGACAGCCCGCAGGGAGCUUGUGCCGCCGUCAUCAGUUUCAGGAGCCACGGUAGCGACAAUCGUAAAGGCUGCUCUUUCAUGGGUCCUCUCGCGCUACGCGUCACGUUCUGAUAUCGUUCUCGGCCAAGUUGCACACGGAAGAGGUUCUGCCAUUCCGAACGUGCAUCAAAUCCUGGGACCCUGCGUCACGUUCCUGCCCAUCCGUAUUGUAAUCAACUGGGAACAUACUGUUGCACAGUUCCUCCAGUACGUCCAGCUUCGGCAAGUGUUGACGGUCCCGCACGAUUCUCUCUCCCUGGAGGAGAUCGCCAGACACUGCACCGACUGGCCGCCGGAUGCCCGGUUCGGCUGUCUAGUGCAUCACCAGGCGGCUCAGUCGCAGGAUUUGUUUGAGAUGGACGGGAUCCCUUCUUGUUCGAGUGUUACCUGGGCUACCUCGCAGCCACCACCUGGCCAGAUCAAUGUCAUCUCGAUCGAGCGCGAGACUACGCUGGAUUUGGUCCUGGCGGCGCCGCCGAAUGCCUUGGAUCAAGUCUUGCUCGACGGCCUCGCCGAUAGCCUUGCAGAUACCAUCCGACUGUUCUCGGACGUCCCGGCUUGCUCUUUGGCGGCGCUGGAACAGUACGGGGUCGAAUGUCCUUCUGAGACAUUGGGCUCUUCACUACAUCUCAAUCAAGCAUCUCGUUACCCCUCUACCAGAUAA